AUUAUUGUCUGACGAAUUCAGCACACACUGGAAUGCAUGCGCUGAAAUGAGUGCAAAGUUCGUGGAUUUAUCUGACGAAGUUUUUUAAAAACAAAAGAACGUGAACGGAGACUUGGACAAUGGUCUGAACAAGAGUCUGUCGGAUCCACUCGGGCAAAACUAAUUGACUUUGGUGAUACAUACGUAAGAAACACCGGGGAACUUCUUUACAAGCGCAUUUAGACGCGAAUUUAGAAUCAAGCGUGGCACGUGCCAUUCAUAUAGACAGCACUUCUGAUUGGCGAAUCUACCAGCAAUAUCCAAUACAUUCCUCCUCAGCAAUUAUAAAAUUAUUAAUUUAACUUUGAUGGUAGCUGAUUGGUUACUGGCACACUUGGAAAUGUUUAACAAUGCUAAUGAAAACAAAAGUGUGAUGUAUAUAAUUAUGUGACUACCUGUUGAAGAUAUACUAAGUUCUAAUGGUGGUAGGAAUGACGCUGGAAGACGCAACAACUUACGGAAUGCCCCAAAGGCCAACGGACCAUCAGUGGGAUAUAAAUGACUCAAACCUUCCAACAGUGUCAGAACUAGAUCCAUAUCAGAUAUGGACAGAUGGGCACUGCAGAUAUGUAUAUAGUGAAAGCUCGGAGGAAGCAAAACGACACGCAAGUGGAUGGGCAAUGCGAAAUACAAACAAUCAUAAUGUAAACAUUUUGAAGAAAUCUUGUUUAGGGGUGUUGAUCUGCAGCAGACGAUGUCGUCUUGAGAAUGGCGAUCAGAUUCAUCUGAGACCAGCUAUCUGUGAUAAGGCAAGGAAAAAACAAUACGGUAAACGUUGUCCAAAUUCCUUAUGCUCCGGUUGGUUGGAAUUGCUGCCCUGCAGAGGACAUUGCGGAUACCCAGUAACGCACUUUUGGAGGCAUACAAAUGGCGCCAUCUAUUUUCAAGGGAAGGGCACGCAUGAUCAUCCACGACCUGAGCUCAAAUCUUCAAUGCAGGAAUCAAAAAGCAAAAUCAGCAAAAAACUCAUGACAAAUAGAGGCCGAUUACAGAGGAAACGUCCAUCUCUGGACAAUAUGCUGGCGCUAUCUUCUGGAUUCAAAGUUCCCCGACUACACAGUACCGCAGGCCAGGAUGUCAUGUGUUCAUGCCCACCAUUCGAGUGUCUCUGUUACCAUAACACCACCAGAUCAAGCUAUGACAGAGCCCUCUAUCAGGACAUCAUGGAAGCAACCACGUUUAGUCCAAGACUUGACCCAUUCACACAAUUCUUCAUGCAGAGUCCAGGAGGAUCACGCAGCCAAGAUCACAUCCCAUCCAAGAACAUUCUAUCUAAAUAUGGUGCCUACCAAAGCAGCAAAUAUGAAGUUCCAAUUACAGUAUUACCGAAUGACCGAAAAGAUUGUAUGUUUUCGAAUGAUUCUCGAUACAGUAGUGAUGAUAAAUCGAAGGUCUCAAUUGCCAACUACCCCCAAGUGAGUGAGAGCAUGUCUCCAGGGACUGACAAUGAGAUGCUGAGAGCAGUUCACAUGGACAAUCAUGCUAGUCCUAAGCAAAUUGAAGAAGCUGAUCUGACAAAUCCUGGUGACUUUCUUUCACUGAAUAAACCUAUUAAUAACAAUAUCAUGGUGCCCAAAGACCCUUACAGGCACCGUUAUACAGGUUUCACUGACUCAAAUUUACCAAGUAUUAAAUCCAUGUUCAGGGACCAAAGUUACGAAUCUAGGGAAUUUAGUAUAUUCAGUGGCUGUGCCGAGACAUAUGUUCAUGCUAAAGAAGCAGUUACCCCUGUGAGUCCCGAGUCUCCUCUCAGAUCCCAACCAUCCCCUUGCUCACCCCCCUCCCUCAUAGAGCUCAAGCCAAUGUCUCUCAAUAAAUCUAAUAUGCCUUCCCAGCCAUUGUCCUCACAGGAGGUCUACCAGUCAAAGCAUGACAUGCCAUUGAAUCUAUCUGUUGAGAAAAGUGCUUUCCAGCCAUAUCUUGACCAUUGCACGAGUAAGGAUCUCAAGCAAUUAGAAGCUUGCAGUUCUUCCCAAAUGUCAACAAAAAAUAUCCAAGAAGCCCCUUAUCUCUCAGCUGGUACUUCUAUGAGCAACCAGAACAAUUAUUACCAUGGUGAUUUCUUUCAUUGUCCAUCAGAACAAUCCCUAUCUGCUCUAAGAAACCAUAGCAUUAAUAUUGCAAUUACUUACAAGUAACCCCCCCUUGUCCCAUAGUGACUGAAGAUGACAAGGUAGUAAAAAACAUUAUUCAAAAUACACUGAGAUGUAUCAAAAGUGAAAAAGUAUUCAGUAAUUGCAGUUAUGAAUUAUUCAUUUUAGGAGUAAAAUACAAAAAGGCUCAAUGACAGAAUCAUAUUUAGUGAUGGCAAUUAAUUUAUUUGAACUGUAUAUUUAACCAAGAAAAACUAUACAUUUAACCAAGAGGUUAAAAAAAUAAUAUGUAUAUUCACACUUGCAUUAUUUAUUUUAAUUUAUUCUUUUGUUUGUUUUAAAGUGCAAUCAUUGCAACCAUAUAUAACUUAAAUUAUUCUCAGAAUUCACAAUUUUAUGAUUCUGUUUUGUAUAUUAUGUACAUUAUAUUUUGUAAAUAUAACAUUUUCAACUUUACAAGACCGGGUUACGUGCAAAUAAUUUGAAUGUCAAAGUAAUUUAUGCAUACAUACUAAUAUAUAUGCAAGUAUAGCCUAUGCUGCCAUUGAUUCAAGCAAGCAUCUUUAAAUUUUUUAUGCACUACAGCAUUGUGCAUCUUGGGUCAAGUCACAUGUGGCCAUAAAGGAAGUAUUAUACACUUUGUAUGUAGUAAGAUUGAUAGGGUGGCUUUUUAUACUCUGCUUUUCUUUGUACAAAAAAACAAUAUUCAAAACUGCUUUAUUUUGUUGUAUAAACUGAUCUAUAUUUAAAUAAAUAAUAAAAAAUAAUUACACAAAGUAAACUCUUGACUUCCAA